AAACGGUGCGUUUUGAUUCGCUUUCCAUUUCAUCCCUACCCCUAAACCCUAACAUCAUAAACCUCCAUUCCCGCCACACACAAGCUAAACCCUAAAACACCACAACACACGGUGACGCCGUUAACCCAAAAUGAACUUCCGAUUCCAGAACCUUCUCGGAGCACCAUACCGAGGCGGCAACGCCGUCAUCUCCAAUAACACUCUCCUCCUCUCUCCCGUCGGCAACCGUGUCUCCGUCACCGACCUCCGCAAAUCCCAAACCACAACUCUCCCUAUUCAAUCCUCCUCCAACAUCUCCCGCAUCGCCGUCUCCCCCGACGGCACCUUCCUCCUUGCCAUCGACGAAAAUAAUCGCUGCCUCUUCAUCAACCUCCGCCGCCGCGCUCUUCUCCAUCGUAUAACGUUCAAACACCGUGUCGGAGCUGUUAAAUUCUCCCCCGACGGAAAACUCAUCGCUGUUGCCGCCGGGAAGCUUGUUCAGAUCUGGCGUUCGCCGGCUUUUCGUAAAGAGUAUUUUCCGUUUGAAUUGAUUCGUACUUUUGCUGAUUUUCAUGCAAAGGUUACUGCUUUUGAUUGGAGUAGUGAUUCUAAUUACUUGCUUGUUGCGUCUAAGGAUUUAACUGCGAGGAUUUUGUGUUUGAAGAAGGUUUAUGGUGGUGUUAAGUAUAAGCCUUUUUUGUUUUUAGGUCAUAGAGAUUCUGUUGUAGGUUCGUUUUUCGGUGUUGAUUCGAAAACUAGUAAGGUUUCUAAGGUUUAUACUGUUACCAGAGAUUGUUAUAUUUUAAGCUGGGGUUUUACUGAGGAUGAAGAAUUGUCUGAGCCUCCAUCGCCGGGGACACCGGAUAGGGAUGUCGAAGGGGAUUUGAUGGUUGAGGAUGAUGGUGAUGUGAAGAAGAGGAAGGAGCGUGAAUUUGAGGAUGGAGGGUAUUUAUGUAAAGGGAAAUGGGAGUUGUUGAGGAAGGAUUGUUUUAAUCAGGCUCCGGCGAAGGUUUCAGCUUGUGAUUAUCAUAGAGGGUUGGAUAUGGUGGUUGUUGGAUUUUCUAAUGGGGUUUUUGGGUUGUAUCAGAUGCCGGAUUUCGUGUGUAUUCAUUUGUUGUCGAUAUCGAAGGCGAAGAUUACUACUGCUAUGUUUAAUGAUCUUGGGAAUUGGUUGUCCUUUGGCUGUGCUAAACUUGGCCAGCUUCUUGUGUGGGAGUGGCGGUCUGAAAGUUAUAUUUUGAAGCAGCAGGGUCAUUACUUUGAUGUUAAUUGUGUCGCAUAUUCGCAGGAUUCUCAACUCCUUGCUACUGGAGCAGAUGAUAAUAAAGUGAAGGUUUGGACUGUUUCCUCGGGCUUUUGCUUUGUUACAUUUUCUGAGCACACAAAUGCUGUUACGGCUCUGCAUUUUAUGGCAAGUAACAAUUGCCUUCUCAGUGCAUCUCUUGAUGGGACUAUUCGUGCGUGGGAUUUAGUACGUUAUCGGAAUUUUAGGACAUUUACUACCCCUUCUUCAAGACAGUUUGUUUCUUUGGCAGCAGAUCAAAGCGGUGAAGUGAUUUGUGCGGGCACUUCAGAUUCCUUUGAGAUUUUUGUGUGGUCGAUGAGAACUGGCCGUUUGUUAGACGUGCUUAGUGGUCAUGAAGCUCCUGUUCACGGUCUAGUAUUUUCUCCUACAAAUGCUGUCUUGGCUUCAUCAUCAUGGGACAAAACUGUUCGGUUGUGGGAUGUCUUUGAUGGGAAAGGAGCAGUCGAAACAUGGCCUCACACACACGAUGUUCUCACAGUAGUUUUUCGUCCAGAUGGAAAGCAGCUAGCUUGCAGUACAUUGGAUGGCCAAAUUUAUUUUUGGGAUCCAGUAGAUGGUUUGCUGAUGUAUACAAUAGAAGGUUCGAGAGAUAUUGCUGGAGGUCGUCUUAUGACUGACCGUAGAACAGCUGCUAACUCAAGUACAGGGAAGUGCUUCACAACCUUGUGUUAUUCAGCUGAUGGAAGCUACAUAUUAGCUGGGGGCAGUAGCAGAUAUAUCUGCAUGUAUGAUGUUGCCGAUCAGGUUUUGCUGCGACGUUUCCAGAUAACUCAUAAUCUUUCAUUAGAUGGAGUGCUUGACUUUUUGAACUCAAAGAAUAUGACUGAAGCUGGACCUCUAGAUUUGAUUGAUGAUUACAACAGCGACGUUGAAGAAGGUGUUGAAACACAAACACGGGGGAAACUAGGAUUAGAUUUGCCAGGAUCUGUGUCUAACCGUGGAAGACCUAUUAUUCAAACAAAAUGCCUUAGAAUUGCACCUACAGGGAGGAGUUUUGUAGCAGCAACGACUGAGGGAGUGUUAGUUUAUUCUGUUGAUGAAUCAUUCAUAUUCGAUCCAACUGACCUAGACAUAGAUGUCACACCAGAGGCUGUUGAUAAAGCUCUUAAUGAAAAUCAACCAAGUAGGGCUUUGAUCCUUAGUCUUCGCUUAAAUGAGGACUCUUUCAUUAAAAAGUGUAUUUUUACUGUUAGUCCAGCGGAUAUUCCAGCAGUUGCCACAUCAAUCCCAUACAAAUAUCUCCAGCGAUUAAUUGAGGCACUUGCAUCUCUUCUAGAAAACUGUCCACAUUUGGAGUUCAUACUUCGAUGGUCUCAGGAGCUUUGUAAAGCCCAUGCGAAUUCUAUUCAACAGAACUCUAGAAAUUUGCUCCCAUCAUUGAAAUCAUUGCAGAAAUCCAUUACAAGUAUACAUCAGGAUCUUGCCGAUACAUGCUCCUCCAAUGAAUAUAUGCUGCGAUAUUUAUGCUCUUCCAGCGCCAGCAAAUAAUCGAAAGCCACAACUCACAUGUUGGAUUUUAGUAGGCUUGGCUCAGAAAACUGUCCACCUUGAUUGAUGGUGCUAUUUUAAUAUAAUGUUGAGCACCAUUGGAUUGUAGCAACCUAUGAGGAUCAAAUCAAGAUUUGUUAUAGUAUGGAUUCAUCGCAAACCAAUUUUGUAGCAUCCUUUCAAGGAAUUCACCCAAUUUUGUUCCUGGAAGGUGUGGUGACAUCCAUCAUGUAUGUUUCAUGGCCUAAUUGCAACUCUUGACCAAGACAGUUCAACAGUUACACAAUCCGGUGACAUUUUUGUAAUGCAUUGGUCUUUAUAGAUUGCAAAGGUUAAAAUUCAAAAUAUCCAGUAGUGUGUUUUGGAUUAUUUGAUGAACAAUGUUAAGAGAUAAUGUCAGAAUAUUUUACCCAAGUAAUACAUCUUGUUUUGUUUCAA